UAUACACCGGAUGAGGAGAUUCGAGUGCGAAGGAAGCUGGACAUCAGACUGGUACUCUUCGUUGCGAUGCUAUAUAUGGUCUCCUUCCUCGACCGUACCAAUAUCGGUAAUGCCAACGUCGCCGGCCUCUCCACCUCCCUCGACCUCUCCACCUCUCAAUUCGAAUGGCUUCUCCGAGCCUUCUACGUCUCCUACGUCCUCUUCGAAUGGAUGACCAUCUGCUACACCCUCUUCCCACCACACAUCUACAUCGCCAGCUGCGUCUUCUUCUGGGGUCUACUCGCCUGUCUCCAAGCCUUCGCCACCAACUUCGCCUUCCUCCUCGUCCUCCGUGUGCUUUUAGGGAUCGCAGAAGCCGCCUUCGUAGGCAUGCCAAUCUACCUCAGCUUCUUCUUCCGCCGGGACGAAUUAGCUCUACGGACGGGAAUGUUCAUAGCCGCCGCUCCCCUCGCGUCCAGUUUCUCCGGCUUCCUGGCCUACGCCAUCAUGCGCUUCGGCGACAUCCUCCCCAUAUCCAACUGGCGUGUCCUCUUCUUCCUCGAAGGCGCACCAGCUCUCCUCGUCGCCAUCGUAGCAUGGUACUGGCUUCCCGACCGCCCGUCCACCGCCCGCUGGCUCACUGCACGAGAACGUAAAGUCGCCACUCUCCGCAUGCGAAGCGAAACCACCUCCUCCGAACCCACCAAAUUCGCCACUCAUUCCAUCGAAUGGUCCACCCUACUCUCCCCCCUCCUCACUCCCCUCUCCUACCUCCCCGCAUUGAUGUUCUUCGCCUGCAACGUCGCCUUCAGCAGCAUGCCCGUCUUCAUGCCCCUCAUCCUCACAGACAUGGGUUUCCCUCCCCUCACUUCGCAAGCCCUCUCCGCCCCACCCUACCUCCUCGCCUUUCUCGCCAUCCUGCUCACGGCCUACCUCUCCGACCGACAUCACACACGCACCGUUCCCAUGGUCUUCCACGCUCUACUCGCCAUGUCCGGCUACAGCCUGCUCGCCCUAGCGCAGCGUUUCAGACUGGGAGUGUGGACCCGGUACGCCUGCGUCUUCCCGAUAUGCGCGGGCUUCUUCAGUUGUGUGACGGUGGUGAUAACCUGGACGGUGAAUAACCAGCGCACAGCAGCGGAGAAGGGGACGGGAGUGGGGAUUUUGCAGUUCACCGGACAAUUGGGCCCGUUUGUCGGCACGGGGUUGUAUCCGAAAGAGGAUGGACCGUAUUUCGAACGAGGAAUGGUGGUUUGUGCGGUGUGUAUGCUCUGCGUGGCGGGGUUGGCGGGAGGGUAUUGCUGGAUGCUGAAAAAAGAAAAUCGCCGG